UCGACACGCUAAUCGAGGGGCAGCCGGGCCUGUAGGCGAGAGGGAGCCCACCGUCUGCAAUGGCCAAUGUGCUCUGUAACAGAGCAAGAUUGGUCACCUACCUACCAGGGUUUUAUUCCUUAGUCAAAAGAGUUGUAAAUCCCAAGGCUUUUUCUACAGCAGGUUCCUCUGGCUCAGAUGAGCCUCAUGUUGCUGCUACACCUCCUGAUUUAUGUCCAAGAACUGUAUGGCCAGAUGAAGUAAUGGGUCCAUUUGGUCCUCAGGACCAGAGGUUCCAGUUGCCUGGUAAUAUUGGUUUUGACUGUCACCUAAAUGGCACCGCUUCUCAGAAGAAAAGCGAAGCUUCAAAAAGUCUGCCUGAUAUAUUAGCAGAGCCUUCAGCAAGUGAAAGGCAUGAAUUUGUAAUGGCACAAUACAUAAAUGAAUUUCAGGGUGCUGAUGUUCCACAGAAACAGCAAAUAAAUAACGCUGAAACUUACUUUGAAAAUGCAAAGGUAGAAUGUGCAGUACAAGCUUGCCCUGAACUGUUACGAAAAGACUUCGAGUCAAUAUUUCCAGAAAUGAACGCCAGUCGUUUAACGGUAUUAACUGUCACCCAGAAGACUAAAAAUGACAUGACUGUAUGGAGUCAAGAAGUGGAGGAUGAGAGAGAAAUGCUGUUAGAAAAUUUCAUUAACGGUGCCAAGGAAAUUUGCUAUGCAAUUUGUUCGGAAGGCUAUUGGGCUGACUUCAUUGACCCAUCCUCAGGACUGGCAUUUUUUGGACCUUACACAAACAACACUCUGUUUGAAACAGAUGAACGCUACCGCCACUUGGGAUUUUCCGUUGAUGAUCUUGGCUGCUGCAAAGUUAUUCGUCACAACAUCUGGGGUACUCAUGUGGUUGUAGGAAGUAUUUUCACUAACGCUGAACCUGACAGCCCUAUCAUGAGAAAACUAAGUGGAAACUAGCAGUCAUCAGGGUUUCACAAGUUCUUACGACCUUUGCAUUCUUUUACUUGAUGAUUCUGUCAAAGCAUUGUCAGGAAAUGUCACACUUUAAGGUAUUCUUAGAUAAUAAAGUAGCUGUUAUUUAUUUCGGUCUUUGUGAAUAUGUGUUCACCACAUGUGACUUAGAAUAUUAAUUGACAACAUUCAAACGGAUACCUUUACGUGCCACAUGAAUUUUAAGCUGUGAGUUUCCUUCAUCUUGAAUGAAUUUAAACAUACAUGUACAUAGCUAUUUGCAUAUCCUUUUAAUAUUAUCUUACAAGCCACACUUCUUAACCAUUUUGUCUUGCAGUCUGACACGUCUGUGCUCUUAGUAUUAAAAAUCCUGAUGCCACUGAAGUUUUUAGGAAUUUUGCCACUUACUGGAAUAAGUGAGUGGCAAAGGAAGUGGAAUAAGUAACAAAAUUGUUCUCCCAGAAUAUAGAAUUUAAUAAAAACUGCAGAAUUUAAUGCUGGACUAAUCACUCAUUUGCUGUUCUAAAAUGAGAAUAAUGAGAUAAGCUUUCAGUGGUCUCUAACUACAAGGAAUACUUCAGUAGGGAAGUGUUCACUUGAUUGCUACAUCAGAGACUCAGUAAAAAGUCUUAAAUUACUCUAGAAUCAGUCACCUCUUAAUGUUUUUGUCUUCAUGUUGCUUGGGAUUUUAUUUUCUCAGUGUUAGCUAAAUAUAUUUAAUUAGUUUAUAUAUGUAAAUGUAAUUUAAAGUUGCUUUUGUAACUUUCUUAGGUCAUUAAAUACGUUGUGGAAAAAAAAGAAUGAUAAUAGGGCAAUGCUUGGAUAUCAUCUCUCUUUUCCUGCACUUGGAUGCAAUUUAGACUUGUCUCUGUGGAAUUUUGAAAUGCCUGUGCAAAGAGCAAUUAUGAUCAAUUAUUGCAAUUAUGAUCAAUUAUAAAAAUAUUUCAACAGGAAGGUUUCAGUAAACUAGUCAGUCUCUUGAGGUAUCGUAAAAACAACCAGGUCAAUUGAAGUUACUGGAGGGAGAAUAGUGAGGAGAAUUCAAGGCACUUGAAAUACCAAAACUGUCAGCUGCCUCACUACAGACUAACUAACAAACUAGAUUUUAAUCUCAUCGCAGUCAGUUAUCGGGGCCACUUGUUAAUACACCACUGCAGUAGCUGUGCCGGUUCAUGCAACAGUGGGAAUCCUUCAGUCUUGACUCUGUCAAAAUAUACUGCAACUUUUGUCUGGGUAAUGGCUGCACAAGGUGAUGAUCUGAGAGGUUUAGCUUCCUGUCAGAUAGCUAGGGAUUUUAAUCAUUGUGUCUUUUUCCAGUGUUAACUAACAAUUAUGGGUUUAAAACUUGUUCUAGGUUUGUAUACUACUUCUAUUCCCUACUCAGGGUCUAAGCCAGUUAUCACCAAAGUCUCUUUAUUGGCUGUAAUGGGUUUAGAACCAGAUCCUUUACCAAGUGCCUGUAUCUGUCCUUGUUAACGAUUGCUGCAAGCCCAUAACUUUGCUGGAUCACAGAGGUGGAAGUGAGGAAGACUUUCCACUGGAGAAGUGAGUACUGUCUACUCUAAAUUCACUCACUAAGCCAGCAAUUCAGAGGUUAUCUUGCUCACCUGCCAUCAUUGUCAUCACUGUGAGCUCUAGCCUGCGCACAUUCCAAGGUUGAAGUAUAUGGCUCUUGAGGCAGGAUUUGUUUAUCACUUUGUCAUGGAAUUUGUGCUGUAUUUCCACAGCCCAAGUUCUUGACCUCCGCUGUACUGUCCAAGAAAGCUGUAUUACUUCAAAGUCUUUUAUUGAUACUUUUUUUUUUCCUCAUUUUCAUCAAGAGGAUUAAAAAAGCUUGAGAAGCUGCAAUGUGUCUUGUCUGUUUGCAGAAUACAAUCAUUUUGCAGAACACAAAUUAGCUCAUUUGAUAAAAGAAGGUUAGUGUCUCGCUGGACAGUAGAGUACACUUGUGGAGAACUUCGUUGGAUAAAUAUUAGAAAAAUGAAUUCUGUGAAAUGGUUCACAUACAUCUUAACUCUCUGGAAGACUCUUGAUGCUAUCUUUUCUUCAGAUGACUUUGCUGUACUUGCCUUUCUGUGUUCUAGAAAGCAUGGGAGCUGUCAGGCAGCUAUUCAAAUUAAGCUUGGGAUGCUAGUUUUUGAGUUCAUGUUCUUUAAAGUUUCGUCCUGUAAAGGACUUUCACAGUGGCUUUUCAAGUGGCUUCAACCCGAGGUAAAAAUCUCACUGAAAGUAGUGGGAGUUUUGCCUUGACUUCACUAAUACUAAUGUUUCAUGCCGGAAUUUGAUUUCCUGAUGUUUUUCUAAAUAAAAUUUUCUCGUACAUGUUGAUUCUCAAAAGAGGCUAGAAUUGUUCCAGUUCUAUUUCCCUCGCAUCAGAAGAGCUAUACUGUGUAUUAAUUAACUUGCUACUAUGAAAUAGAAGUUCUUGAAUACAGUGUAACGGUACUUCUGAUAAUAAAAAACAAAACAAC